AUGGCAUCAACAACAACGACAACAACACUCAUAACAACAACCCCUUACUCUCCCCUUACAUUCCGCCUGCUCUCGCUGCAAUCCGCUGUAGCUCAGGCCUAUGCAAACGCCCGUCAGUUCUUCCUCGCAACCCUCUACUCAAGCACCACAGGAUCAGGACAUGCCCCCUACCCAGGCGACACCGAGAUGUCCAUCCCCUGGUUGACAGCCACCCUCCAGGCCAAAGGAAGCAUCCCCCACGGCGCAACCGUUACCAGCGCUGACUUCCUCGGUCUCGACGGCAACCGUGGACUUGCUGGCGUCAUGACAAGGAUCUUGGUCACCUAUACCCUCCCCGGCAGCAAGGACAAAAACGACACCCAUCAAGUACACCUUAUCAUGAAGCGGAGUACCGACAGUCGGUCAAGUCGUCUAGCCAACAUCAUCUCGGGAAGUUCUCGGGAGGUCAUCUUUUACGGAUCUGAUGUCGCCAAGAGCCUCCUGCCAUCGACUCUCUUGCCCAAGAUUUAUUACACGCAUGGAUCAAUCUGGCUCGGCGAAUACGUUGUCGUGAUGGAGGAUAUCAAGAAGCGUCGGACAGAGGAACUCGCUCAAGGUGCUAACAACUCUUCCAGGAAACCCCCCGUCGAUGUCAACUUUGUCUUUGGAAACCAGAUCUGGGGUGUGCCCGAUUCGAUCGAUCGUGCUAGUCUCCCACCGUCCGCUGACAUGCUCGACCAGAUGUUUUUGACCGCCGCAGAUAUGCACGCUCAACACUGGAACGACCAGAGUUUGUUCAAGCUGGAUUGGCUUAAGUCGACAGGGUGGUACAAGGGCUCGAACCGUGUCGGCUGGGAGUGGGCCGUCCAGGCCGGAGACGUCGCAUGGAAGAAGGGCAAGGCCAUGUCUGCGAGCGGCAAGUUUGAUGUCAAGUACUCUGACAAGUUUGUCAAGGUUAUGGACAAUGCAUUCAAGCGAGCCUCGUGGGAGCGUCUUCAGAAGCGGUUACAGGAUAAGACCAUGCCCUUUACGCUAACUCACGGAGACUUUCACGCCGCCAAUAUGAUUCUGGACCGCUCAUCCGCCACAGAAGCAUCAUCUAUUUGCAUGUUCGACUGGUCCGAGGUCUGCAUCUGGGAGCCCACCACGGAUCUGGGCCAGACCAUCAUCUCCGAUGUACCCGUCGCAGUCUUCAAAACCCAUGCCCAGACUGCGUUGAAGAAGUACUGGGAUCGGCUGAUCGAACUGGGAGCAUUCAAGCCCGAGGCGUACCCCUUCGAGUCCUGCUGGAAGUCGUUCUUGCGUGGAGGUAUCGAGAAGUGGCUCUGGACGUUUGGAAUCCUCUGCAGUUACCCCGGCAUGCCCGCCAAUGCUGUUCAGUAUUUCCACGAUCAAAUGCUGGCUUUUAUUGAGCUUGCUGGCGAUGUCGAGGAGGACUUUUAUGAGAUCACGACCGUUGUCUGCUUUGCUCCUCCAACACGUACUUGA